UUGACCACACGAGGAAGUAACACUUUGGAGUUCGGAUCAGAAGUAGUAAAAACGAACUCUUUUCUUUUCUGAUCGGAUGAAGAUUAUCUUAUCCCAAGUGCAAACGGAAAGGGAGCUGCUCGUCCUCUCCGCUUCUUCCUUGUCCCCUGCUCCAAGCCGCGAGCUUUCUCCUCGACAAGAAAACGCCCCUGCUCCUUUAUAACUCCAGCUCGCCGCAGCAGCCAUAUCCACAUCUCUUCUCGGUCGAUUCCCUAGCAUCCUUUUUUUUUGGCCACUUUGAUCUCUCUACCAAGCCCGGCCGGCGUUCGAGUGCGAUGGACACCAAGGGAGCGGCGGAGGCAAUGCUGAAGGCGGCGACGCCCAUGGGGGCCGAGGAGGAGGCCAUGCUCAAGGCGCUGGCCCACAAGCAGGAGGCUGCUCCGGCGCCGGCCACGGCGGGGUCAUGGGCGACGGAGGGCAUCACGGGCGCGGCGUCGGCGGCGGUGGAGCGCUACUGGGCCAGCCUCAAGAGCCAGGCCCGCGCUGCCGGCGAGUACACGACGAGCAAGGCCCACGCGGCCGGUGAGUACACGACGCUCAAGGCCCGCGCCGCCGGCGAGUACACUACGAGCAAGGCCCUCGCGGCCGGCGAGUACACUGCGAGCAAGGCCCGCGCCGCCGGCGAGUACACGACGACCAAGGCCCGCGCGGCCGGGGAGUACACGACGCUCAAGGCCCUCGCGGCCGGCGAGUACACUACGAGCAAGGCCCGCGCGGCCGGCGAGUACACGACGCUCAGGACGCGCCAGGGCGUCGCCCUCUUCGGCGAGCCCAACAUCGGCCCCAUCAAGACCAUCGUUGAUCGUUGCUAGAUAAGAUUUCUUUUGAUGAGAUGCCAGUAGGUUGAGGACUUGAGGCUUUGUUGGUUACUGAAUGUUUCUGUCGCUGAUAAUUAUUUUAGGUCUUCAGAGUUGAAUAAUUAUUAGCUGUUGAUCCCGGCACAAUAUUGUCGCAGUUAGUUGAUGUUGACUACUGAAGUUCAUAUAUUCCUUAGUUAUUUUUCUUUCUUUUACUAGAAGCUUUCCAUUUUUUGGAUGGCAAAACAAAAAUAAUUUAUCAGACAUGCAUUGGACCUUCAA